AGAGCGCAAAAGUAGCAGCUCUCCGACGCUGAAGGCGCAACAUCAUCUCCGGCUCCCGGCGGCUUCCCCCGUAUCCAACCUCACCAAGAAGGGGGACGAGAAAGAAGAGUUUCCCCCAACAUCUCCCGCUCACUCUUCCAGCCAUGGACGCAUCACGAGUGGUAACGCUAUAUCUGGGCCUGCUCCUUGCUUUCCUUGGGAAUAUACCGUGUUUCCAAUCGGCUGCUAUCAUCUCUCCCUCUGCGCCGAGGAGGAACAGGGGAGCGAGGAUCCUUCAUCAGGACGGACAGAGGUCAUCCAAAUUCUUAAAAGACAUCUUCGCGUCGUCGCAUCCUAUCGUGGAGCUCCACAAAGAAGACCCAAAGGACUCUAUUGUGCCGCAUGAAUACAUGCUCUCCAUAUACAGGACAUACUCGGCUGCAGAGAAGCUCGGACUAAACGCAAGCUUUUUCCGCUCCUCGAAAUCCGCCAACACCAUAACAAGUUUUGUGGACAGAGGAACAGACGAUCUUUUGCACUCUCCUCUGAGAAGACAAAAGUAUCUGUUUGAUGUCUCAACCCUUUCAGACCAAGAGGAGCUGGUCGGGGCGGAAUUAAGGAUAUUCAGGAGGGCGCCCGGGGAUUUGCAGGCCUCCCUGCAGACGACGGGCCUCUACGAUGUCCAGGUCUACCCCUGCCGCUCGGACAAGCUGCUGGACUCCCGGUCCCUGGACCCGGUCGACUCCACCAAAGCCGGCUGGGAGGUUUUGGACGUGUGGGAAACGUUUAAAGCGCACCAGCAUCAUUAUCACCACCCUCAUCAUCAUCCCCACCACCAUCAUCACCAUCACUACCAGCAAGCAAACCAGCUUUGCCUCCAGCUCAGGGUAACUCUCAGCAAAUCCGACACAGAGGUGGACCUGAGGCAGCUGGGGCUGGACAGGAGCAGCCGGUCCCAGCAGGAGAAGGCCAUUCUGGUGGCCUACACCCGCUCCAAGAAGAGGGAGAACCUGUUCAACGAGAUGAAGGAGAAGAUCAAGUCGCGGAGGUCGGUGGGCGAGAAGGAUGAGGCGGCGGCGGUGAGGGCCGCAGGGAAGGAGGGGGCGCCGCCGAGGGGCGUAAGAGGAGAUGGGCCUCGGCGUCGGCGCAGGACCGCGCUGAGCAACCGGCACGGGAAGAGGCACGGGAAGAAGUCGAGAUCCCGCUGCAGCAAAAAGGGGCUGCACGUGAAUUUCAAGGAGCUGGGCUGGGACGACUGGAUCAUCGCGCCCCUGGAUUACGAGGCGUACCACUGCGAGGGGGUGUGCGACUUCCCGCUCCGGUCGCACCUAGAGCCCACCAACCACGCCAUCAUACAGACGCUCAUGAACUCCAUGGACCCCAACAGUACCCCGCCCAGCUGCUGCGUCCCCACCAAACUCAGCCCCAUCAGCAUCCUGUACAUAGACUCAGGCAACAACGUGGUGUACAAACAGUACGAGGACAUGGUGGUGGAGCAGUGCGGGUGCAGGUAGUGGCCAUUAUUUUGUUCGAACAUUAAAAAAAGACAGAGGAAAGAUACGUCUCGAGGGGUCCCAGGUUGAAGAUGUAAAGUCCUCACUGCAGGUCUGGAAUGCUUUGACGCAUGACGCGCCUUUGUAUUUUAUUCAAAAGGGAUGCGCACAAGAGGCGAAUAUCUGCUAUUUAUUCAGACGCAGUAACAGCCACAUUAAUUCACACUCUCUGCCUUAAAAAAGUGUUACGUACAUACAGUGUACUCCCAUCCACCCAAACCUAGUUAUCACGCAUCAAACAGGCUUUUGUUUCCCAAGAGCGAGACGUGUCCAUGUGGCACAGGGUCUGGGAACAUGGUGUGUGAUGUGACUGAAGGCGGGAUGGAAGCCCGUGCUGCACCUGUUCGUGCCGAGGCCAGAGGACAGUGGGCUUUGCCUGUAAGCGCUUUGUUGCAGCUCUGCCGUGUGAUCCCGCCUGCCAGGCCGGAUUCUUUUGGGUAUGUGCAUCCAGCAGGCUGUAAUUGCCAGUGUCCAGCUGGAGUCAGCCAUUGCAGACCCGAGCAACUAGUGCCUGUUCUCCAAAUAAAUGAAUGAGAGAAUAAAAAUAAGUUAAAUAAUAAAGAUAUCAAUGAAUGUCUAAUCUACAACACGCACACUCACAUACACACACACUGGUCUGAUGAGAGAUGGUGAUGCCUUCAAGAGAUUUCUUUUUUUUUACCUUAUACUGGAGACCCGUGUGGAGGCGCUUGGAGAUGCGUCGUGCGCCUUUUUGAGCACAGAGAAGGACACAAAACCGGACUUGUGCCUGAGUGGGGCCCAGUUGUAAAAAAAAAAGGAAGGAAGGAAGCAAGGAAAAAAGAACGAAUAAAAGAAAGAACUCAAAAUUACUGAGGCGAACUUUUUGCUCAAUAGUCUGCAUCUUUACGCAAUGCACUUCCACAACUGACUGCGCCAAGGACACGCGGUCAGCAAGAAAGUUUGUCCUCUCCGAUUACGAAGAUAUGGAAAAAACAGAGACUCGCAAACGAGACGAUAUUUAAAUGCACAUUAGCUUUCAAUGCACUGCUGUUCAUUAUUAUUUUUUGAGCUGUAAAUAUUUGUACAGUGGAAAACUUUACAAAGUGUAACGAAUGAAGAAGUGAGAAAACGCCAUUUCUUUGUAAAUAUACAAAAUGCACUCAAAUCGGUAUAAUUUCUAUUCUAUAUUAUUUUAUUAUUUGUGAUGUACAGAGUUUCAUGAUAAUCAUAUAUUUCUUACAUUGAUAAGAGUAAUUUAAGGUGUAUUCGUUUUUUUUGCAGAGGGUGGAAAAUACCAUAAUUAAUGUCUACCUCAUAAUUACAUAUAGGAUCUGAGUUUUGAGGUGCAUUCAGUUAGAGUGUAAAGAGCUUUUACAAUGAUAUAUAAGAUCAUUUAUUUACCUAUAUAAUAUUCCACACCAUUACUGUACAAAUAAAAUUCAAAACAAAGCGCACCAGCCUGGAACUUCUGAUGAUUAUUUUUUCAAGUGUCAUGUGAUUUCUCUGAAAAACAUAAAAAUCUAAUGGAA